UGUGUAAAUCUCUGCAUGAAUCCUUAUAUAGCAUUGCAGUUUGCGCGACUCGGAAUUUUAGCACCUGACGGAUUCUGCAAACCUUUUACCAACGAUGCAAACGGUUACAUGCGUAGCGAGACAAUCGGAGUCGCAUUUUUACAAAAAGCAAAGGUGGCUAAGAGAAUUUAUGCAACCGUCGUCUAUGCGAAAACUAAUUGUGAUGGAUACAAGGAACAAGGCAUUACUUUCCCGUCGAGCAAAAUGCAGCAAACUUUACUGGAAGAGUUUUACAAUGAAUGCGGUAUUUCACCGACUUGCUUAGGCUACAUGGAGGCUCACGGCACCGGCACUUAUGUUGGCGAUCCAGAAGAAAUCAAUGCACUCGAGCAGGUUUUCUGCAAGAACAGGCAAACUCCUCUAUUAAUCGGCUCUAUCAAAUCAAACUUGGGCCAUUCUGAAGGUGCUAGUAGCAUGUGUCAAAUUGCUAAGGUAAUAAUAAUUAUUAUACGUUCAAUUGGUGAACUCUGCUGCGCAUAUGCGACUGAAUUUACCCUUGAACAAGUGAUUUUAUCUUCGUAUUACAUAGGAUUGGGAUUGAAGGAAACAAAAAUUAACUGCGCGAUGAUGAAUAUCGGUCUCAGUUAUGAGAAUGUGAAGAACAUAUGCCCACCAGAUAUCGAAAUAAUUUACAGCAACAGUCAAAAUACUUGCUCCAUAAGCGGUCUAAAAAAAUCAGUAAAAACAUUUACAAAACAAUUAGAGGCCAAUAAUGUAUUUACUGAGGAAGUCAACUGCUGCGAUAUUCCUCUGCAUACUCGUUAUCUCCUCCCCGCGAGAGCCACGAUUCUGGCUUACUUAAAUCGAAUAAUACCGCAAACAAUGACUCCCAAUCAGAUAUGGCAAAGUUUAUUUGACAACGCAAAAUUGUCCUGCGCUGAAUAUUUCACGAAUAAUUUAACAAGUGCUGUAUCUUUUGAUAAAACCGCGCAAUUGAUUCCCAGAAACGCAGUGAUUCUUGAAAUCGCUCCAGAUGCAAUUCUUCAGAGUGUUAUGAAAGAACUGUUCGACGCAACCAGCAUCAUGUUACUUCAGCGUAAUCACGAAGAUAACGUCAAAGUAUUUUUGCGAGGUCUAGGAAAAAUGUACAACAGUGGCUUGCAACCGCAAUUAGCAAAUCUAUAUCCGACCGUAAAAUUUCCUGUUAGUCGUUCCACGGCGAUGAUCUCGCCGUCAAUCAAAUGGAAUCAUUCCGAGGACUGGUACGUAACAUGUCAUAAAAUGCAGAUGAGACUCUGUAACGGAGAAAGGAUGGUUGAAGUUGCGCUAAAUGAUGAAGAUUACGAAUAUAUGAGCGGUCAUGUGAUUGACGGAAGACAGUUAUUGCCGGCUACUGGAUAUAUCAUGCUAGUUUGGGAAACGAUGGGUUUGUUGAAAAGUCUAUCGUAUUCAGAGAUGCCGAUCGUAUUUGAAAAUGUCAAGUUCAUUCGGGCAACGCAUUUUCCGAAAGAAGGACCCGUGUAUCUAACAAUAAUGGUGCAGAAAGCAACUGGAAAGUUUGAAGUCAUGGAAGGAGAUAAUGCCGUUGUGACUGGCACUGUGCGUGAACCGACAGAUAUUACCAAAGAAAAGUUACCGAGACAAUUUUUAAAUCAAGAGGACGACAAUGAGGAGGAAGUAAUGAACACAAAAGAUAUCUACAAAGAACUCAGAUUACGAGGAUAUCAAUACGCCGGCAUAUUUCGGGGUUUGAAGAGUUCGUCGACUACGGGAAAACAAGGGCACAUAGCUUGGAUGUACAAUUGGGUAACAUUUAUGGAUAAUAUGCUGCAAAUGAAAAUUCUCGGGAUAGACACGAGGAGUCUUCACGUUCCCACGGAAAUACAAAAGUUGGUAAUCGAUACAAAACUUCACAUACAGCAAAUACGGAACGCAGCAGCAAACGAUUAUCAGCUUCCUGUGCGUGUGUACAAAACCUACGACGCGGUAGUAUCCGGCGGUGUGGAAAUUCGCGGAAUCAAAGCUACUUCCAUAAAUCGUCGGAAGCUAGCGGGGGAGCCCGUUCUCGAGGAGUACAGAUUCAUAGCUCAUCGCGACGGAGCCGAGGUUUCAUGGCGGGAAGGCGUGAUGCUGUCGACGCAUCUCGCUCUGGAAUAUCAUCAAGUGAUAAAAGUAAAUAUUAUCGAAUUGAUCGAAGAUGAUGACAAAGUAGAAGCAGAUGAAAUAGCAUCACCAUUGUUUAUCGAUAUCUUGAAUGAUUUACCGUCGCUUCAACCAAACAUUACUCUGGUGACCAGAACCGAUCGCUUCGAUUGCCUUACUCUUCCUUCGAAAAUCACAGUUUCGCAAUCAAAGAAGUUGUCGAAUGACGAUAAUGCGGUAUUAAUCACAGGAUACAAUUUGUUCACGAAGAACAAGAGCAAAACCUUAAAAGAAAUUUUGCCGGUGUUACAAAACAAUGGAUUCUUAUUGACACGAGAACAGUCCUUCACGAAAGACGACAUUGUGACUGCCGAAAAGUACAAUUUAGCAGUAGUACUUGAGAAACGCACGCAGAAAGAGCACAUUAUACUGUUAAAGAAGAGAGAACAGUCGACAAGGAAAACUGAAGUUAUUCACGUAAACAAUUAUGAGUUCUCUUGGUUAGAGCAGCUAAAAUCGAUCUUGAACGCGGAAAUCGAAUCGAGAAACGCUGCAAAAAUAAUUUUGGUCAGCGACAAAGAUUCGGAAUGCGGCUUGUUGGGCCUCGUCAAUUGCUUGAGGAGAGAACCAGGUGGCGAAUCGAUCAGAGGAGUGUUUAUUCAAGACGAAACUGCACCGGAAUUUUCUUUGCACGAGUUAUUAUACGCGGAGCAGCUCCGGAUCGAUCUUAUCAUAAAUGUCUUGCGUCCGGGUAAAACAUGGGGUUCAUAUAGACAUCUUCCGUUAUCGCCGCUGACACCGAAACUCGUGUACCACGCAUUUGUCAAUCAAUUGAUGAGCGGUGAUUUGAGUUCAUUUCGCUGGAUAGAGGGUCCGAUUACACCGGAUUAUAAGGAAAAUAAUCUCGUUCACAUAGCUUACUCGUCUAUCAAUUUCAAAGAUGUAAUGAUAGCAUCCGGCAAACUUACAGAAGAUGGUUUCCAUUCAACUCGUGGACGUCUCGAGGAUUGUAUGGUGGGUAUGGAAUAUGUCGGCGUCAAUAAUACUGGACAGAGAGUGAUGGGAAUUUGGGAAAACAGAUCCAUAUCAAAUAUGUGCACAUCCGCCAAAUACUUAUGCUGGAAUGUUCCUGACGAGUGGAGCAUGGAAGACGCUGCAACGGUUCCGUGCGCUUACGGUACGUGCUGUUACGGAUUAAUCGUCAAGGCAAAUAUGAAAAAGAGAGACACGGUACUUAUCCACUCCGGUACCGGUGCCGUGGGCCAAGCUGCGAUUCAUCUUGCGCAUCACAAAGGUUGCGAGAUAUUCACCACCGUUGGCACUCCGGAAAAGCGAAAGUUUAUCAGAGACACGUUCCCGUUCAUCCCAGAAAAUCACAUUGGAAAUUCGCGCGACAACAGUUUUGAGCAAAUGAUAUUUAAUCAGACCAACGGCCGUGGCGUGGACAUUGUAUUGAACUCGCUCGCCGAAGAGAAACUCCAGACGUCCAUCCGUUGCCUGGCGAAGGGCGGGCGUUUUCUGGAAAUAGGCAAAUACGAUUUUAUGGUCAAUAAUUUGUUGAACCUGUCGAUGCUUUCGAAAGGAAUUUCAUUUUACAGCAUUAUGUUGGAUAAUGUAUACACAGCUCCGGAAAAACUAAAAAAAUGUUUGAACAUGGUAGUGGCCAUAAAUCUUGCGAAUAAAGCUAUUCAACCGAUUGCCAGAAAGAUUUUCAAAAAGGAUGAAGUGGAGGCUGCAUUCAGAUACAUGGCAGCUGGAAAGCAUAUAGGAAAGAUAAUCAUAAAAAUACACGAAAAAGAUGAAUCUAUGAGCGCACCCAUUCUUGCACUUCCACGUUAUUACUGUCUAUCGAACAAAUCGUACAUCAUCUUAGGCGGCUUGGGUGGCUUCGGCUUAGAAUUAGCCGACUGGCUGGUUGUUCGUGGCGCUCAGAAUCUGGUGUUCAUCUCGCGCGUCGGAGGAAACGGAUAUCAGCAGAUGAAGAUCGAUCUGUGGAAAUCUUACGGAGUGAAAGUGCUAAUCAUACCGAACGUCGAUGUAUCGGACGUCAAAGAUUGCGAAUAUAUGCUGAAAUCGGCAGAAAAACUGGCACCGGUGGACGCUAUAUUCAACCUGGCUGUGGUAUUGAAUGAUAAAAUUUGCCGGAAUCAAACUGUAGAGACGUUUCAGGAGCCCUUCAAAGCGAAAGCUUGGGCCACGAAGAACUUGGAUCAUUUGACCAAAAUAUGUCCUCAGCUUCGUCACUUUGUUGUGUUCUCUUCGGUAUCUUGCGGCAGAGGAAAUGCCGGACAGACCAAUUACGGCAUGGCAAAUUCCAUCAUGGAGAGAAUUUGCGAGAGACGAGUGCAAGAGGGUCUGCAUGGACUAGCGGUUCAAUGGGGUGCGGUCGGCGAUGUCGGCCUCGUGGCUGAUAUGCAAGACAACGACAAAGAAAUGGUUAUCGGCGGCACUUUGCAGCAAAAGAUAACUUCCUGCAUCGCGAAACUCGAGGACUUUUUGUUACAAAAACAGCCUAUAGUGGCGAGCAUGGUUGUAGCCGAGAAGCGGUUGAACACUUUUGGCGCAUCCAGUAUUGUCGAAACUGUGGCCAAUAUUAUGAAUCUGAAGGACAUGAGUACCGUGGCUCAUCACAUGCCUUUGUCCGAGCUUGGAAUGGACUCGAUGAUGGCCGUGGAAAUUAAACAGACCUUGGAACGGGAGUAUGAGAUUUUCCUUACCGCGCAGGAUAUUCGCAAUCUCAAUUUCGCUAAGCUCGCCAAAAUGUUCGAGAAAGAUGUGAAGAACGAGGAACUCACCGAGAUAACAGGAAUGAAAUUGCUCAUUCGCAUAUCAGGCGAUGAUCAAUUGAUACCCGAUGUUUGUAUAAAGCUUCCGACGAAAAAAAGCACGACGGAAAGCGAAAUAUUCCUAUUGCCAGGUAUAGAAGGUUGUGCAAACGUCUUUGAUAUGCUAGUGUCAAAAAUCGAAGGUUCAGCAACGUGCCUGCAACAUAACACGUAUAACAUCGGCACAGACUGUACAUCAAUAAAAGACAUCACUAAUAGCCUUUUACAG